GAGGGAAAUGGCUCUGGUUCGAACCCAGCUGCCGGUCGAGUUCCCUACCGGCAUUCCCUCGCGGAAGAGCGGGUUCUCGGCCAUGAUCUGCUCGGUGAUAUUCGCUCCCGGGAUCCGUCCCCGGGAGGGAUACCUACUCAGUGAGCCCCGGGACGUAAGGUUUGUCUGUAAAGUCCAGCCCGGGAGAAUAUCCCGGGCGAUUCCCACAAGACGCCGUGUAUGUCAUUAGAGGCGGGUCAUUCUGAUGAAGGAGGCGGAAAAAGUGACGAAUCUUCUCUCUUCAGGCAAGAAAAAUCUGGUCGGAGCCGUAAAGAAGGUCGUCUCCGACAACGUAGGUGUCGAAAACACCAAAAAAUCCUUCUGCGGAUUAUUCCCGAUCUUCGAUUGGUUGCCCAAGCACGACUUUAAGGGCGACCUGAUCGCAGAUCUGCUGGCGGGAAUAACGCUGGCAAUAUUCCACGUACCCCAAGCUUUCGGGUACGCGCUGAUCGUUGGCGUGCCAGCCGUCAACGGGCUAUACACAGCGAUGUUCCCGAUGAUGAUGUAUAUUCUGAUGGGAACAUCGCGGCAAAACUCCAUAGGAGCUUUUGCCGUAGUCUGCAUCAUGACGUCGCAGGUCGUGUUCAAGGCCCGCACGGCCUUGGACCUUCCGGACGACAUGAUCGUCAAUGUGACGGCGGCCACCUCGCUGCUAUCAGGAGUGUACCUGCUCCUGUUUGGGCUUCUGAAACUCGGAGGCCUAAGCGUGUUCCUCAGUGACCAGUUCAUUUCGGGGUUCACCGCCGGCGUAUCGGUCCACAUUGGGACUUCACAGCUCAGUGGGCUCUUCGGCUUCGAAGUUGAACACUACUCCGGAGCUUUCUCGCUGGUGAAGACAUACGUCAACUUCUUCACCCGAGUCCUCCACGAAACCCAUUGGCCGACGCUGGUCUUCGCAGUGAUAGCCGUCGUCAUCAUUCUUGCGGUGAAGAUUAUGGUCGAUCCAUAUCUUCUCCGCAAGAUCCGCAUGCCGUUCCCCAUCGAAAUGUUGAUGGUGAUCUUGUCCAUUGUAGUAUCGAAGCAAUUCGAUCUCAAGGGCAACAACUUCAAGGUCAUCGAAAACAUACCACACAAUUUGCCAGUGCCUACGGUGCCAGUGAUCAGCAGCGCGCUCUUCCAAGCUGUGGUCAUCGACGCUCUGGCAAUCGCUGUGGUAUCGGUCACCAUCGAUAUUUCUUUGGGUAGAAUCUGGGCCAGAGAGAGGGGUUACCAGAUAAGUGCGAAUCAGGAACUCUUCGCCGUCGGAGCCUGCAACGUAUUCGGUGCGUUCUUCGGCUGCUUCCCGGUCGGGGCUUCGGUUCCCAGGAGCUCGUUGCAGUUUCUGGCAGGGGGCCGCACUCAGCUCGUGAGUUUUUUUAACGUUGUGCUGAUUGCGAUCACCAUCGUUGCCCUCGGACCCCUCUUCGAGAAGAUUCCGACGGUCAUCCUCUCCUCGAUCAUCGUAGUUUCUCUAAAGAUCUUCAUGCAAAUUCGCGACUUCACGAACUUCUGGGCAAUUUCGAAAAUCGACGGGCACGUUUGGCUGGUCACUUUCUUCGCGACCGUGAUCUUGAAUGUCCAGUUGGGGCUGAUAUGCGGAGUGAUUUUCUCUCUGCUAACGCUCGUCUUCAAGAUCCAAAUGCCCAAGACGUACUUGUUGGGAAUGAUUCCUGACACCGAUUUCUACGCGCCCAUCAAGCUAUACGUGCAGGCGAUCGAGAUUCCUGGGGUGAAGAUCUUCCAUUUUGGAGGACCGCUGCACUUCGGGAAUGCGGAAUUCUUCCGAACUGAGCUCGGACGCCGCACGAACAUCGAUGGCCACCAGUACGCGAACCCAAUAGCUGAGGAUAUGAAACACAACGAUAGUGCCGAUGUGGUCUGGCGGCCAGCUCAGCAAGUCAAGGCGAAAACAAUAAUUCUCGACUUCAGUCGCAUCACUUUCGUGGACGGAACUUCAGCCCAGGUGCUGAAAGAAGUCGUUGAAUCGUAUCAUAAGUUAGGUCUCACCAUCUGCGUAGCGGGUUGCAGCUCAGCCGUGUACUCUCUUUUGCGGAAAGCCGGAGUUUCAGAGAUUGUCCUAGAGCCACUAUUUUUCCCAACGAUCCACGAUGCCGUCAUGUCGGUCACGCGGAACCCAACGACUGUUGUGCAUAUCCAUGCGGUCGAGUGA